AUGGCUCACGCAGACCGUGAUACGCUGCCCAAUGUAGUAAAGCCGAGCCAUUAUGCCAUUUUUCUGGCCAACUUGGAGCUCGGUGGCUCUUGGGGCUACAAUGGCACGGUCAAGAUCGACGCCAGCGUAUCAAAGCCCACCAAAGAGAUUGUACUGAAUGUGAAGGAGAUCAGCGUUGUGAAGGCGGAAAUACAAGCUGCUUCGACUUCGAUCAAAGCCGUCGAUAUUUCGUACGAUAAGGUAUCAGAAAGGGCGACAUUGUCUUUCGAGAAGGAAAUCGCUCCUGGAGACGUUUUGCUAAACAUUGAAUUUACGGCAACCAUCAACGAAGCCAUGGCAGGCUUCUCCCGCGCAAAGUACAAGGCUACUGUAACGCCAGCUUCUUCUACCCCCAAGGCCGACGAGUUCCAUUACAUGUUGAGCACCCAAUUCGAGGCCUGUGAUGCCCGGAGAGCUUUCCCGUGCUUUGACGAACCUAAUUUGAAGGCCACGUUCGACUUCGAAAUCGAAAUUCCUAAGGAUUUAGUAGCCCUAGGCAACAUGCCGGUCAAGUCGGAGCGUGAUGGAAGUAAGGAGGGACUAAAAAUUGUGUCUUUUGAACGGACGCCGGUCAUGAGCACUUACCUCUUGGCUUGGGCAGUCGGAGAUUUUGAAUAUGUCGAGGCACAGACAGAGCGCAAGUAUAACGGGGCCAGCAUUCCUGUUCGCGUGUAUACCACAAGGGGCCUCAAAGACCAGGCCUACUAUGCCUUGGGGUGCGCUCACAAGACUAUCGACUAUUUCUCAGAACUCUUCGGAAUCGAUUAUCCUCUUCCAAAGUCUGAUCUUCUCUGCGUUCACAAAUUUGCAAGUGGAGCUAUGGAGAACUGGGGAUUGGUAACAUAUCGUACCACUGCCGUUUUGUUCGAUGAAGGUAAAUCCGAUGCGCGAUACAAAAACAGAAUUGCUUACGUGGUUGCUCAUGAACUGGCACAUCAAUGGUUCGGCAACUUGGUGACAAUGGAUUGGUGGAGUGAGCUCUGGCUCAACGAAGGAUUCGCGACAUGGGUCGGCUGGCUGGCAGUUGACCACUUCUAUCCAGAGUGGAACGUCUGGUCUCAGUUUGUGGCUGAAAGUUUCCGACAAGCUUCUCAACUUGAUUCAUUACGGGCCUCGCAUCCUAUUGAGGUCCCCGUUAAGAAUGCCCUUGAGGUGGACCAGAUUUUCGACCAUAUCAGCUACUUGAAAGGCAGCUCUGUCAUCCGGAUGCUCAGCAGUCAUCUUGGCCAAGAUACCUUUAUUAAGGGUGUAUCAGAUUACCUGAAAGCCCAUGCCUAUGGCAACGCCACGACCAACGAUCUUUGGUCUGCGCUUAGUAAGGCAUCUGGUCAGGAUGUCAAUUCUUUCAUGGAUCCGUGGAUUCGCAAGAUUGGAUACCCCGUAGUUACCGUAGCUGAAGAACCCAGUCAGAUUUCUGUGCGCCAAACCAGAUUCCUUUCGUCUGGAGAUGUUAAACCAGAAGAGGACGAGACGAUUUGGUGGAUUCCACUCGGCAUCAAGACUGGUUCCGAGUCAGCCGACAUCAAGCUGCAAGCACUCACCUCCAAGUCAGACACUAUUCGAGACAUCAACGAAACAUUUUAUAAACUAAACAGGGACCAAACUGGCUUCUAUCGAACGAACUACCCAUCAGAGCGUCUUGCAAAACUUGGACAGAACCUGCACUUGCUUAGCACUGAGGACAAGAUCGGUCUUGUUGGAGAUGCUGCCGCUCUUGCUGUUUCAGGUGAAGGAACCACGCCUGCAUUGCUUGCUCUGAUUGAAGGAUUUGCUCAAGAAACCAACUACCUGGUGUGGUCUCAAAUUUCGACAUCGCUUGCCAAUCUACAAACCGUAUUCGCGGGAAAUGAGACUGUAGCGACAGCCUUGAAAAGCUUCAAGCUGAAACUAGUCACACCCGCUGUGGAAACAAUCGGAUGGGAAUUCCCUCCUGGGGAAGACUACCUGACGGGACAACUUCGCAAACUGCUCAUUGCGAUGGCAGGAAAUGCAGGUCAUGAAGGAAUUAUUGCCGAAGCAAAACGCCGCUUCCAACUUUGGGCUUCUGGUCAAGACCCAAGUGCUAUCCAUUCAAAUCUGCGAUCCACCAUUUUCGGCCUCAAUAUCUCAGAAGGUGACCGGGUGGAGUUUGACCGGGUGAAGGAGGAAUAUCUGAAGACCGAUUCUGUGGAUGGCAAGGAGAUUUGCCUCAGCUCUUUGGGCCGAACGAAGAAUCCCGAGCUGGUACAAGAGUAUCUGGACCUUGUCUUCUCGGACCAUGUUGCUGUGCAGGAUGUGCACACCGGAGCGGCAUCCUUGGCCGCCAAUUCCAAAGCCCGGCAUCUGCUUUGGCAAUACAUGAAAUCUAACUGGGCCGCAGUCUCGACACGGCUAUCGUCCAACAACGUGGUGUUCGAGCGCUUCGUGCGACUUGGAUUGGCCAAGUUCUCCGACAUUGGCGUCGCCGAGGACAUCAAGAGCUUUUUCCAAGACAAGGACACGGGCGCCUAUGACCGAGCUUUGGUGAUUGUUGCCGACAGCAUUCGCACCAAUGCUCGUUACAAGGACAGAGAAGAACAGCUGUUGUUGGAAUGGCUCCAGGCACAUGGCUACUAA